GUAGGUAAAAGUUUGAGAGGUCCGUUAUUUGAGCACGAGGAGCUAUUGGAGCCGCGUGCCUUCAUCUCUUCCCGGUUUUAAUCGCUUUACCGGCUUCCUAUUCGGUACAUGUUACCGGUUUCUGACAGAGAAACACGCAGUUUGGUUUUCGGUAAAGUAGGGCGAGAUGUGGGUAGGCGGUGGACCGAGUCAGCUCACUCAUCGUAAACUCAUCGUAAAUUUUCCGUAAACGCCAAUUUAUCGUCAAAGGACCACCGAAAACCCGUUAUCUUUAGCCCGGAGUCCUUUCGAACGGUUUACCGAAGACCUGAACGCUUUUUCUUUGAGGUUUUUUUUCCACAGUGAACCAUCGGCAGUCUGCGGGCUCGUGACCAAACAUGUUGGAGUGGUUGAGCGAUAUCUUCUGGCAGGAGCGUCUCUGGUUUCCAGAGGGGUUAGGUUGGGCAGAUCUUGAGGACAGAGAUGGGCGUGUCUAUGCAAAGGGGCAGGACUUAUGGGUAGCCCUGCAACUUGCGCUCAUCCUGCUUGUAGUUCGUCAGAUAUUUGAGAGGACGCUUGGUACGUAUCUGGCCUCGUUGCUUGGAAUAAAAGAAACUGUAAGAAGAAAAGCAGCACACAAUCCCACACUGGAGUCAUACUACUGCCACACCAGCAAAUACCCAACACAGAAGUGUGUAGUGGAGUUGUGCAGCCAAUCUGGGUAUACAGAGAAGCAACUGCAAUGCUGGUUCAGAAGGAGAAGAAACCAGGACAGACCAAACCUCAUGAAGAAGUUCAGAGAGGCCAGUUGGAGGUUUGUGAUGUAUGUGAUUGCCUUCAUUGCUGGUUUGGUUGCUCUUAUUGAUAAGCCAUGGUUGUAUGAUUUGGAGGAGAUGUGGAAAGGAUUCCCCACUCUGACUGUGCUACCUUCUCAGUACUGGUACUACAUGUUUGAAUUGGGUUUUUACUCCUCACUUCUCUUCAGCGUGGCAUUUGAUGUUAAACGAAAAGAUUUUAAAGAGCAGCUCGUCCACCAUGUUGCCACCAUCACACUGAUCAGCUUUUCCUGGUGUAUGAACUACAUUCGUGCAGGAACCCUCAUCAUGUUUCUCCACGAUUCUUCAGACUAUCUGCUGGAGUCAGCAAAGAUGUUUAACUACGCAGGCUGGAGGAAAACAUGUAAUUACAUCUUUAUUGUGUUUGCUGCAUUCUUCAUCAUCACACGUCUAAUCAUCUUCCCCUUCAGGAUCCUGUACUGCACAUGGGUGUACCCGCUGACUCUUUACCCUCCCUUCUUUGGCUAUUACUUCUUUAACGGGCUGCUGCUGGUGCUGCAGUGUCUACACAUCUUCUGGGCCUAUCUUAUCAUCCGCAUGGCACUGCGCUUCCUCCCCAAAAACGAGAUUGUGGAGGAUGAGAGGAGUGACCGAGACGAGACAGACGACUCGGAUGAGGAAGAGGAGGAGAGGAACAGAGAGAUCAAGAACGGAACCAUAAAGAACGGCUACAUUAAACACAACAACCACCAUUACCGCAAAACACAGUGAGAGAGAGAGAGAUUCACACCAUACCACAUUAAUACAUUACCAUUGUUUAGUGUUCUGUAUCGUUUCUAAAGAAUGUCAUUGACCAAAGCGGGAAUCAAUGGUUUUAAAAGCAGGUUGGAUAAAAUAAUUGGGGUCUCUUUUACUUGAUGCAUUUUUAUAUUUGUAGUGCCAAGUGAGCGCACCAUAGCUACACGUCUUUGUGUAUAGGCUACAUUACUAGCUUAGCUCUUGGUUAUAACUGAAACGGUUCCACCUUGUGGAUUUUUUUUUUUUGGAAUGGGCCUGGGAUCUAGGAUUUUUACUGUCACAGGGCCCUCUGUGGGGCGUUAAGGGUUUACAUGCUGCACAUUGAUGAACACUGCAAGUAUUCAUUGAUUUAAAGUGCAAAUGCAAGUCGACAGCUGAAGCCAAAAGCUUACAUACACCUGUAUGUCAGGAAAGCUGCUAAAACAUAAUUGAUGCUGUCCACAGUCAAGCAGGCAAUAUCAAAUCGCCACAGGCUUACAAGCUCCUGUGUCUCAUGCUUUUUCAUUUCAUUCAUGUUUUUAGCACCAAACUUCAGAUGAGUUGUUUUUUGCUGUUGUUGCAGAAGAUUCUUUAUUGCACUGCAACCUCUUAAACAGUGGAAUGUAAAGCUUGCUUGGCUCUGAACAGUGUCACCCAUGUUUUAGCAGUUCUUAUUUAUGGCCGGCCUGUUUUGUUGUUUUUAAUUGUUCUUUGUGAACAUCUGACCAUCCAGACAAAUUUGUGUUUUCUUUCCAACCCUGUAGAGAAGAUCACUUUUUAAUAGGUGCCAACAAAGUAGCUCUAUGUAUUCAGACAUGGAGAAGUCACCAGGAAGCCAUGCCGCAGUAAAGGAGUAGUAAAGUAAAAGAGUUUCUGGUUUGAUAUAUUUUUUUAAAAACACUCAAACCUGUUUUGUUGAUAUCAUAGAAAUCUCAGGUUGGCCACGUUCCUUACGUGUAUUUAUACUUUUGAUCUCAACUGCAUGUAGUUAAAAAGCAAUGUGCCAAAUGAGGUAUUGAAAGAUGAUGGACAGAAGGAAUGUUCUCAUUAACCAUGUGCCUUAUAUUUCCUCUCUGAUCCUCUAGUUUGUCAUCAUUUUUUUAUUCCUUAAGUGCCUUAAAACACAAUCAUUGUUUUUCUUUUAAAUCAAUUUAGGUGACUACACAUAGUGCACCCCUCACUCCACUCAGGGGUGUAUAAUAGAUCUAAUAACGCAGCUUAUACACCCAGUGUAUACAGACUUUCCAAAGCUGUUAGUAUAAAGAAUACACACUGGCGACAUCCCUAACUGCACACUAUCCUAUUUUUUUUAAUCUUCUAUUUACCUUCACAAUUCUUAAACAUUAUUCAAAAAUGAAUAGCAGCCGUAUGCCAAACAAUACAUUUAAGUUAAAAAGAAAUGGGACACUAACUUUUCCCUGAAAGUGUGUACUAUAAUACCUUGUCAUAAUUAAAGGUGGAACUUUUUGGUUACAAAAAUUUCUUAUUACUGCUGCAGUUGUGACUUCUGCUGGCUGGUCAAGGCACUACACAGAAAUGGUGAAUAAUGGAUAGCAGUGUGUGACUCACCAUACAUGAUAGUGAUCCUUGUGUGAACCCACAUUAGCAAUGGCCCUCCUGCAGCAGUAGAAGAGAUACAACUGGGGAAUUGGAUAUGACUAGAUUGGGAGAAAAAGGGAAAAUGCACAAAUAGAAUAAAUACAAUUUAUGACAAUACAUGAUUUUAAAGAAAAAAGAAAUCCAAAGACAUCUACCAAUCAGCAUGUUCCAAAUCAAAAUGCACCGUUUGCUUUUCGAAAAAGGUGACAGUAGCCAAAGUUAACCUACAUGCUAGGUUGUAUUUUAAACCAAAGUGAUACUAACAUACUACAAAUUUAACUCGAGGUGCCACCGUCCACGUCAGGCAGGCUGUAUAUACAAUUAGCUAUGUUGAAAACUAUUUAGGCGAAAUGGAUUAAAAGUUAGCUGUUUUUAGAGCUCGGGUGGCGCAGCAGUCUGAUGCACCAGCCCACCACCGCUGAGGUCUUGAGCUCUCAAUUUUGAAUCUCAGCUGAGCCAUCAACCUACCAGACAUCCAAAAGACAAGUCAAUUAAUUAUAAAAGUUCAUUUUGGUUGGGGACCUCAUAACAUAGCCACAUUGGGACAGUGCAGAUUUUUAAAAGGAGGGAAAAAAUAAAAGUUUUUUAAUGGAAAUCCAGCUCCUAGUUAGUAUGCAGUGAUGGAUGAAGUCAGUGUUCUUUUUGUUCCUUGAUUCCUUUACAAUUCCCUCUCAAUACCUCUGCUUCUCACCUUAAGUAUUUAAGAUCAGAACCAUUACUUUUGAUUAGAUUUUUUCCUGAUGCUGUUGCAUCACCAUGUUUAACUGCUGCUGCGUCCUCACUCGUCUAUGCAGAGGCGAACAAACCCUAAUUACAGUGUUACUUUUAUUUCUUAUUUUUUAUUUUAAUGUUUUUGUUGUUAUGCUUUACUGUUUAUUAAUGAUGGAAAUAAUAAAAUAACAAUGAUCAGGA